GGGCUGUGGGCCGGAGCAGAGCAGCAGCGCGGUGCCCGGGCGCGGAGCAGCGCCUUACCCGGCCCCGGCUUCGGCGGAGCCCCGCGGCGGCGGAGCCCGCGGCGCCCCGGCCGGCCGCGCACCUGCCGGGACCCGGGCCGGACCCCUCUUCCCGGGCCGGCGUCGAUGCUGAGCGGGCCGGGGGCACUGCCCGCCUUCCCCGCACCAUGGACGGCUUCUACGACCAGCAGGUUCCCUUUAUGGGCCCCGGGAAGGCCUGCACAGAGGAGGGCCGAGGCCGGCCGGGGUCCGAUAGGAAAAGGAAAUUCUUGGAGACUGACCUGGCCCACGACUCCGAAGAGCUCUUCCAGGAUCUCAGCCAGCUUCAAGAGGCCUGGCUAGCUGAAGCUCAGGUCCCUGAUGAUGAACAAUUUGUCCCAGAUUUCCAGUCUGACAACUUGGUCCUGCAUGCUCCACCUCCGGCAAAGAUCAAGCGGGAGCUGCACAGCCCUUCCUCGGAGCUGUCGUCCUGCAGCCACGAGCAGGCCCUCUGUGCUGGCUAUGGGGACAAGUGCCUCUACAACUGCUGUGCCUAUGACAGGAAGCCCCCUGCCGGGUUCAAGCCAUUAACACCGCCCGCCACGCCAGUGUCUCCUGCGCACCAGGGAUCGGCCCUGCCGCCGCCGGCCUCAGCUGUGCAGGCAGCUGCCCAUGGGGUGGCGGCGGCCCCUGCCCCGCACCCGCUGCAGGAGCAGAGGCAGCAGACCUUCGCCGUGCCACGGCCGCCUCACCCACCCAUGCACAUGCCAAAGAUGAUGUCUGAAAACCAAUACCCCACCGAGCACAGGUUUCAGAGGCAGCUGUCUGAGCCCUGCCACCCCUUCCCACCACAGUCUGGGGUCCCAGGGGACAGCCGCCCCGUCUACCACCGGCAGCUGUCAGAGCCCCUUGGCCCUGCUGCCCCCUGCCCCCCUCAGGGAUUCAAGCAGGAGUACCAUGAUCCGCUCUAUGAGCACGGUGGCCCCGGCCUGCCUGGCCCCCCUGGCCACGGCUUCCAGCCCCCUGUGGGCAUCAAGCAGGAGCCCCGGGACUACUGCAUUGACUCAGAAGUGCCUAACUGUCAGUCCUCGUACCUGCGAGGGGGUGUCUUCCCCAGCAGCCAUGACGGAUUUUCAUAUGAAAAGGACACACGAUUGUAUUUUGAUGACACAUGCGUGGUACCAGAGAGGCUGGAGGGUAAAGUGAAGCAGGAGCCCACCCUGUACCGCGAGGGCCCUCCAUACCAGCGGCGUGGAUCCUUGCAACUCUGGCAGUUUCUGGUCACCCUCCUGGACGACCCCGCCAAUGCCCACUUCAUCGCCUGGACUGGCCGGGGCAUGGAGUUCAAGCUGAUCGAGCCUGAAGAGGUAGCACGGCGCUGGGGCAUCCAGAAGAACCGACCAGCCAUGAACUACGACAAGCUCAGCCGCUCCCUGCGCUACUACUAUGAGAAGGGCAUCAUGCAGAAGGUGGCUGGUGAGCGGUACGUCUAUAAGUUUGUCUGCGACCCUGAUGCCCUCUUUUCCAUGGCCUACCCCGACAACCAGCGCCCUUUCCUGAAGACGGAGCCAGACUGCCCGGUGCCCGAGGAGGAGACAGUGCCACUGACGCACUUCGAGGACAGCCCAGCAUACCUCCUGGAGAUGGAUCCCUGCAGCAGCCUUCCCUACGCGGAGGGCUUCGCUUACUGACUCGGCCAGCUGGCAGAGCCACGAGCACUAGCGCAUCUAUGUUGGGCAAAUACGGUUUUCUAAAAAAAUACUUGUUGCUGUUCACGAGGAAAAAAAACAAAACAAACCAACAAACCACAUGCGCGUGCACACAAAUUGGAGGAAUCUAAAAUGCCCCGUGUGUGCCACUGCUGAAUUCCCACCCUUACUGUCCAAGGGCUAGUGCGUAGAACUGUCUGUCGCUGGCACCUCCUGCCAAGCAUCAGCAUGAUGUUUUGGGGUGACGGGAGCUAAAGACGCAGUCUCUGACCUAGGCCCCGUUCCUCGCAAGCACCGCGGGGACUGAUGGCUCCAGCAGCGCCCCGGGACUGGGCUGAGCCAGCAUGGCUGCCUAGCCAGUUGUCACGACAAUCUGCUUUGCAUCAAGCACAAUCCGCGUAGCUGCCUUGUGUGGUGGAAAGGGCUUUGAUUUGCACAGAGGAGGGAUGCGGGGGAGCCACCUGGGCCAGCACCCCGGGGCUGAUGUGCGCAGCACCCUACCCCAACCCCGAGGAGCCUUCUGCCUUCUUCCUGACCCUCUCCUCCCUGCCCCACUCUCGUGAUAUAACCUGAAAUAAUGCUUUCCUAGCCCCUCAAGGUCCUCUCUGUGCCCCUCUUACUCCUCAGCUCUGGCUGUGGGCCAUGGGUUGCAUUUCAAGGGAGGGGAGACCCUGACACUAUCUCCCUCCUUUUUUUUUUUCUUUUUUUUUUUUUUUUGAAGUUUUAGCAGGAGAAAAAAAAGAGUUUCUAAACUGAUUUUUGUAGAUUUUUUGUAUUUUAAGGUAAAGCUAUUUUUUGCAGACUGGCUGCUGUUCCCAGAGUCCCUGAGGAUGCCCCCCUCCGGCUCUCCUCCUAGCAUGCUUGUGGGGGGAGCCCUUGGUGCCUGCAGCUCCCUGGGAUGGUUGCUGAAGUAUCUGGUCCACUCCAUUUCACUGCUUGAGUCCUCUUUCCUGGGGGAGCUGGGGCUGAAUACCGGUGCCAGCUCAGCUGCGCUCUCCCCUUGCUUGGCACGGCCUCGGAGCUGGGCUGUAAGGCUGUGGUGGGCAGGGAGGGUGGGGUCCCUCACCCCUCUCCUGGGUACCCUGCUGCACCUCUUACCACUCCUUUACCACUCAUAUAUCCAUAUCUGCCUAUCCCCCUACUUCCACUGGCUACAUGUUUUUGUUGUAAAUGCUGUAUAGGAAUUUUUUUUUCUCUUAGUUAGCUUUGGUUGAAUCUUUUUUUUUUUUUUUUUUUGACUGAUUAAUUCUUUUUUUUGGGGAAGUAUGAAGAUUAACUCUGGGUAGACUCGGUUGCUUUUGCCAUGGUGGCUGCCGUGGCCUGUACCUGUGGGGAGCGUUUGGUUGUGGGAGCCCAGCCCUGGGGACAGGGUUUUAACCAUUUGCUCAGUGUGGCAGGUCUACAGUGCAGAAGGGGUUAAUCUGAGGACUGAUUCGAAAUAACCUUUACUCGAGCAGGGCUAUGUAUCUCCUGCAAAGCUGCAUUACAUUCUGUACUGUGUACAAUAAAGGAUCUUGCUUUCUGUUCCUC